AUGGCAUCGACUGCGCACACGACGGGCGCCGAUGCACAAGCAGAGGAGCUGCGGAGGAGAAAUGUAGCCGCGCCAUCACAGGCCGCAGCGCCAAUCGCUGCACUGGCACAAGAGAGGGAGAAGUCAAAGGACAAGCCUUUCAGCAUCAUCUCCUUCCUGGACGACUACGAAUUCAUCUGGGCACCUCUUAUAUUCACCUUCUUCGCCUUCUUCACACGCAUGUACAAGAUUGGCCUCUCGCCAAUCGUCACUUGGGACGAAGCCCACUUUGGCAAGUUCGGUUCACACUACCUCAAGCGCGAGUUCUACUUCGAUGUCCACCCACCGCUCGGAAAGAUGCUCGUCGGUUUGUCCGGAUACCUCGCAGGAUACAAUGGCUCGUUCGAGUUCAAGUCCGGAGAAACGUACCCCCCGGAGCUGAACUACACCUUCAUGCGCCUCUUCAACUCGGCUUUUGGUGCUGUUUGCGUUCCCCUGGCCUACUUUACCGCCAAAGAAUUGAACUUCCGCCGUCCGACCGUAUGGUUCGUCACCCUGGCCGUUCUCUGCGAGAACUCGUACACCACUAUCAGCCGUUUUAUCCUCCUUGACUCUAUGCUACUAUGCUUCACCUUCACUACCGUCUUCUGCUGGUCCAAGUUCCACCGCCAGCAACAUGACCCAUUCUCUCCUGAGUGGGGUCUGUGGCUGAUGCUUACCGGAGUUUCAAUUGGUUGUGUAUGCAGCGUCAAGUGGGUUGGAUUCUUCGUCACAGCUCUCGUUGGAUUGUACACCAUUGAAGACCUCUGGCGCAAAUUCGGUGACCUGAAGAUGCCCAAGAUCGAGCUAGCCACGCAUCUCGCUUUCCGCGUUUUCAGUCUGAUCCUCAUCCCCCUCGCCGUCUACAUGUUCUCCUUCUACCUCCACUUCAUCAUCCUCGAAAACAGCGGUCCCGGCGAUGCGCAAAUGAGCUCUCUCUUCCAAGCCAACCUGCGAGGAACUGAGGUUGGCAAGAACAGCCCUCUCGAAAUCGCAUACGGUUCCCGCACCACGUUGAAGAACAUGGGAUACGGAGGUGGACUGCUCCACUCUCACGUCCAGACAUACCCCGAGGGCUCUACCCAGCAGCAGAUCACUUGCUACCACCACAAGGAUGCCAACAACGACUGGUUCUUCUACCCCAACCGCCACGAGGUCGAAUACAAUCCUGAAGAGGAGCUCCGCUACCCUGGCAACGGUGACGUUAUUCGUCUGAUCCACGCCCAGACUGGCCGUAACCUCCACUCGCACCAAGUCGCUGCCCCUGUUACAAAGAGUGAUUGGGAAGUUUCUUGCUACGGCAACACAACUGUUGGUGACACCAAGGACCAUUGGGUUGUUGAGGUCGUACGCGACGCUGCUUCGAGGGACUACUCCAAGCUCCGGACGCUUACUACCGCUUUCCGUCUGAAGCACAAGGAUCUGGGCUGCUACCUCCGCGCUGGCAAUGUCAACCUACCUCAGUGGGGUUUCAAGCAGAUCGAGACAACCUGUGUCAAGAAGAACAACCCUCGCGAUGUUUACACUCAUUGGAACAUCGAAAGCCACACCAACGAGAAACUGCCGCCAGGCAACCCUGGUGACUACAAGUCUCCCUUCCUCCAGGACUUUAUCCAUCUUAAUGUUGCUAUGAUGACAUCUAACAACGCACUUGUCCCUGACCCCGACAAGCAAGACGACCUCGCCUCCAGUUUCUGGCAAUGGCCCAUCCUCCAUGUCGGUCUCCGCAUGUGCGGCUGGAACGAUGACAUCGUCAAGUAUUUCCUCCUAGGUAACCCCUUGGUCUACUGGGGCAGCACUGCCUCGCUAGGCAUUUUCGGUCUUCUUCUCCUCUUUUACGUCGUCCGCUGGCAACGUGGAUUCAAUGACCUGAAGCAAUCGGAAAUCGACUUGUUCCACUACGCAGGUAUCUAUCCCAUCAUUGGCUGGGCUCUCCACUACGCACCAUUCGUCGCCAUGGGCCGUGUCACAUAUGUGCACCACUACUACCCCGCUUUGUGGUUUGCCAUCAUCGUUAUGGGCUUCUGCUUGGACUUCACCACAAGGAAGUUGAACAAGCAGGUACAGUGGGGCAUCUUUGCUGUACUGUACCUUGCUACCAUCUUCCUGUACUGGCUGUUCAGGGCCAUCUCCUUCGGUAUGGUUGGACCUAGCAGCCAAUGGAAACACCUCAAGUGGUUCGAGAGCUGGAGGAUCACCGACUAA